AUGCCCACCUCGACCGUCUCGCUCUUCGCGCCUGGCGUGAAUCAGAUGAUCAACAGCCUCGAAACCGCCAUGUCGAGUCUGGACGGCGACGUGACGAUCAAAUUCAAGCCUACUCCUCUCGCGACCACCACCGCACCCGAUGGCGCCGCUGCGACAGUCUGGAACGUCCGCGCGCACGAAUACGCCUCGAUCAACGGCCACACCACCACCAUUGUCGAAGACCAAAAGUUCCUCGAAUCGCACAACUAUUUCUCCGCCAAAGACGCGGACGGUGCGCUGCUCGAGUGUCAUUUCGACCACAUCAACGCACCGGCUAAGUGCGUCAAGAAGCAGCCCAAGCACCAUAAGACCGUCACCACCACGUACAAGCACGCGCGGCCGUUUGCAACCGCGUUCCACAAACACGUGCAGAAGCACAAGAAGGUGGCCAACGCGACGACGAGCGCGCUGGAGGAGCAGAGCCAGUCGGUGGCCGCGGCGGCGGUGGUGCAGACGCAGGAGCCGGUGGUGCAGGUCGACAGCGGAAACACAGCCGACACCUCGUCGACCGAUACAUCCGCUGCUGGGUCGAACUCGAGGAUGAACUCGACUUCCGGUGCUGUGAAGGGGAUCAAGUCCCUGCCGGUGCUGUUGGUGACCGCGAGCGUGCUCUUCACUGCCGUGCUCGCGUUCCAGCCUUGA